CUCUGUGUUGUUCAUCCACUUGCAUGUUAGGCCUAAUUGACCAUCCACUUGUUUCUAGGCAGUAGACAUUCUUCAUCCACUUAGUUUUUCUCGUGCAGAUAGUCGAGCCUGACUCAAGUUGUGACAGAUCUCUUCCAGGAGGCUCAGUAUUAUUUCAAGACAGUGCAAUGAGUAUAGUGUCCUUUUUACACGAACAGGAGUGUCUGGAGGACUUCACCAUACAUUGAGAGUCCCUCUUGAACUUGGGCUCUGCUGGAUCGUCCAUCAGUGGGGAGCACCUUUGAUGAGCAUAGGUGAUGCUGAUAAGAAUACAAUCUGGACAACCAAAAGAGGGACACGAGAGAGGAAGGGAGUGAGGGAGAAAGGAAUGAUCGCACUAAUAUAGCAUUUUUCAGUAUGAAAAGUACCUUGCAGUUGUCUCACUUAAGCCUUAUGAUGACCUUCUGAUGUAAGUGCUGUUAUCUCAGUUUUACAGAUAAGAAGAUGAGCUCAGAAAUUGUGACUUGCCCAGGGUCCGAGUUAGGAUUUAAAUUCAGGUCUUUGGACUUAGGUCUGGUGCUUGAGCCACCAGGAUGCCAUGCAGCUCUUCAGGAAGCCCUUCCUCUGUGGAUUUGUAAAGCUUCCUCAUCUGCCCCAUAUGUAGAUGAAUGCAAACACAAAUUCCUUGAGGUUGUCCCUCCCUCUGUUCUCCCUGGACUAACUUAUUUCAUUUAUGUGAGAUAACAGCAUUCUUCGUGUAAUGCUAGUUUGUGUCCUCCUGUCCUUGUAGCCCUCGUGGUCAUGAGUGUCUCUCUUACAAAGGUGGUAUUUAGUAUUGCCUCUGCCACCUAGCAAAACAAAAGAUUAAGGUUUCCGAACUAGAGACCAGCACACUAGUUAGCCCUAACUGAAAGAUGGAAGCAGUGACCCCUACGGGAUCUCCAGGAUUCUGUGACCCCUGCAGGCCAGAGAUCCGUUGAAGGUCGUUGGGAGUUGUAACUAACAUGGAAGCUUCAGAUAUUGAGGCACAUAGAGAGGAUCAGUUAUUAAACAUGAAGAAGAUUGGAGAUAAGUAUCCAGUAUCUGUGAUAAUCUUGCUGACCCUUAAGUGGUUAGACAGUAUCAGCUUCAGUGGAAUGUAUGGUUUGCUCGUUUUAUAUUUUAUUUCUCAGUUCCUUUACUUCUCUGACUAUGAAAAUUACCUGCAACAAAUGUUCAGAGGCUCUGUGGUCAUCCUGGCCUUUAUUGGUGCCACCAUCACAGACUCCUGGCUUGGAAAUUUCAAUGCCUUCAUCGGAAGUAACAUAUUCUUAUUACUUGGCCACGUCUUUGCCAUGACCAAAGAAAUCCUGCCAGAAGACAUGUCAACGUCUAGGUUCUUGGUCGCUCUGGGUUUAUUCUUUGUGGCUUUUGCCACCGGUAUCAAGAUGCCCUGUAUGUUGUGUUUAGCUGGUGAUCAGUUUCCAGUGCACCAGGUAAAGGAAAAGAACAAAGCGUUCUCCUUCUUAUACAUGUCUACAGUCUUUGGGAACUUCUUUGCCGACAUCUCCCUCCCCUCGAUUAUGGAAAGAAGUUGCUCCUACAAAGACUGCUACUUGAUAUACUUGGGCGCCUCAGCUGGCAUUGUGACUUUUAACUUAGUGACGUUUAUAUUUUCCAAGAAAUUAUUCUUCAUAGAAGUCCCCCAAGGGAGCAACCUAUUGAUAAUCUUCAAGUGUGUCUGGUCUGCAAUUAAAAAUCAGCUACGUUACUGUUCUUGGAAGACCCCAAGGAGGAAUCAUUGGCUGGAUUGGGCAUCAGAGAAGUUCUCGGAGAAUCAUAUCAGUGAAGUGAAGCUUUUCUUUGGGAUGUUGCUCUUCCUCUCACCCUUUCCGUUUUUCUGGGCCUUGGUUGAAAAACAGGAAAUAGAAUGGAUUUUACAAGCUAAGAAGAUGAAUCGUUUUGUGGCUGGGCAUUCUGUGAGAAAUGAGGACAUACAGAUGAUUUUUUCUGCUGUCGUCCUGAUCAACCUCAUUUUAAUGGAACUGGUUUUCAUCCCCUCCAUAGAGUGGCUUGGAAUGAACUUCUCAUUAAUAAAGAAAACAAUGAUAGGAAUGACCCUAAUUUACUUCUCAAGCCUAAUAUCAUUCCUCCUGGAACUACGAAUUGAGAAGUCUCCCAACAUCCUGCCUGGCACCAGGGAGAGCUUCCUGAGAAUCAUUAAUGUAGCUGACAUUUCACUUAAUGUGACCUUUCUUAAAAACAACAGCUAUAUGUCCUACUCCAGAAUGUCCCGAGUUUUUCAGAAUGCAGAUGAUUAUCACAGAAUAUACUUGGACUCAGACCAGCAGUAUUUCCAGAUAAACCUACAUUCCAAAACAUUGGUCAAAGAAGAGAUUCUCCUAGAGGAGAAGACGACCUAUGCUAUGAUUCUGUAUGGAAAAAGAAAGUUUUACUCAGUCAUACUGAUCAAGGAGACAACUACCAAACCACCGAAUGGAGUUGCAUAUGUGAGGAUUAUCAAUAUUCUGAACAAAGAUGUUUCUAUCAUCUUGCCUGUGGACACCUACAACCUCAAGAAAUACAACGGGACCUCUUCAGAGCUAAGCAUCGAGAUAAGCAGAAACGUAAAUCUGCUUUGUAUGAUUGAGAAGAAGAAAAAUGUGCUAAAACUGGGCUUGCUGGAGUUUGGAGCCUCUUACCUGGUCUUUCUUACUGAGGACACCCCAAUACUGAAAACCUGGAAAACAAGGCAGCAUGAAAUCAAGUCCCUUUCCAUUGGGUGGCAAUUACCACAGAUACUUAUAAUGGGGAUAGGGAAAUAUUUACUCAUUGUUUCCUGCAUGGAGUUUUUCUACUACAAGGCCCCAAAAGACAUGAAAGUUACCAUGCAGGCUUUGUGGACAAGCACGCUUUUCAGCAGUUCUCUGAUUCUGUAUUUUAUGACCUACAUCUCCUUCCUGCCUGAGUGGAUCGAGGACUUCUUACUUUCUAACAUCCUACUGGCUGUGGUCAUUAGUUUCUUCAUCAUAGGCUAUUACUACCAAGAAACUGUACUGACCUUGUGGAGAGAACCUUUCUCCUGA